CACGCGGGUCCCGGCAGCCUCCUGUCCCACGCGGCAGUGGCGGGUACGGGUGUCCUACGGGUCGGCGGCCGCCGCUCUUAAUCAAAUCCAAUGGAAUUCUGACGUCCGCAGGGACAAAGUCGCUGCGUUUUCUCCCAUCAUCAUCUCUCUCCCUCUCGUCUUCCUCUCUCCUCUCGGCGCUUCGGGCCUUCGGCGCCUCCCCCUCCUCUUCGCUUUCCUCCCUCCCCCACACAGAGUGACAGCGCGCACCAAACCAAAUCCCAUCGCGAGAUAACAAAACCAGGCCAACGGAUUCUUUUGGCUGCGGUGGCGUUGCCGGUGCCGGUGGUGCAGCAGCUGCUGUUGGUGCCCUGUCGCUGUGCCGCCGCCGAGGUCGGCUCGCGUGUCCGGCGGCCUAAACCCUAGCCGGCGCUGGAGCCGCUGAGGCGGGCGCCCUGCAGCACCCCUCGUCUGUCUCGGCCAGGUGCGCGCCCGGCCGCGCCGCUCGAAUCGCCGGAUUCGAGCUUCGGCGCGACGUGGAACGGGCCGGCGCCGCGGAGGGGAUGCUCCCCCGUCCCUUCUAGAUUCCCGCGGAUCUCGCGGGCGUGCUUGGGGGUGGGGUGAAACGAUGCCCAGGUGAGUACAUGCCGCGCGCGAUCUUCUAGUGGUUGGUGCGAGUGGUGGACGACCAAGAUGAUGCCGUCGGGUCCGCCGAACCCGAUGGGGCACGGGCAGCCAGUGGGCGGCGCUGCCCCGUCGCUACUCCGGACGAGUUCUUCCCUGCUCAGUGGCGGUGGUCAGCCGGGUAUGGGCGGAGGUGGUGGUGGCAUGCUUUCUUCACAGUCGCCCUUCUCUUCCCUUGUCUCCCCACGCACACAGUUUGGUGGCAACGGUCUUCUGGGAGGUGCCUCUCUGCUGAACCGGCCGCCAUUCGGGAAUGGUGGCCCUAUGCCAGGUCCAGGGUCAAUGCAGGCUGUUGGGAUGCAGAUGAGUACACUCCAGCAGAGAGCUGGGCUGGAUGGUGCCAGCGAUUUCAUUAGCGCGGAAGGGUCGGAUCCUCUAUCAUUCCCGUCUUCUUCACAGGUCAAUUUGGGCAAUCAGAUGGGAUCAGAUAAUCUGCAGGCGACUUCGCAGCAGCAGCAGCAGCAGAUGGAUGCCAUGCAGGAUAUGCAACAGCAGCUACCAAUGUCUUACAACCAGCAACAGUUGCCACCACAACACUCGCAGCAGCUCCAGCAGCCACAGGCUACAGUCAAGUUAGAGAAUGGAGGAAGCAUGAUUAGCAUCAAACCAGAGCAGCAGAUGGCACAACCUGACCAGAUGAUGCGAAGUGCUAGUGGUGUGAAACUUGAGCCACAGCAGCUGCAAGCCCAGAUGAUGAGAAGUUUAAGUUCAGUCAAGAUGGAGCAACAGACUUCUGAUUCAUCAGCAUUCCUGCAGCAGCAGCAACAACAACAACAUUUGUUGCAGCUGACAAAACAGAUUCGAAAUUGUCCGGAGCUUGUAUCAAUAGGUGGACCAAAUGCAAUUGCAAACCCUCAAGCUGCCACAGCUGCUCAACUGACCCUCUUGCAGCAGCAACGGCUUCUGCAUAUGCAACAGCAGCAGCAACAACAGAUUCUAAAGAACUUACCUUUGCAGAGAAACCAGUUGCAGCAACAGCAGCAGCAUCAACAGCAGCAGCAGUUACUUCGUCAACAGAGUCUAAACAUGAGAACUCCAGGAAAGUCGUCUCCUUAUGAGCCAGGAACCUGUGCAAAGAGAUUGACUCAUUACAUGUAUCAUCAACAAAACAGACCACAAGAUAACAACAUUGAAUACUGGAGAAACUUUGUCAAUGAGUAUUUUGCUCCAAACGCUAAAAAGAGGUGGUGUGUCUCGCUUUAUGGAAGUGGUCGUCAAACUACUGGAGUUUUCCCUCAGGAUGUAUGGCACUGUGAGAUUUGUAAUCGGAAACCUGGCCGGGGUUUUGAAACAACAGUUGAGGUACUACCGCGAUUAUGCCAAAUUAAAUAUGCCAGUGGUACACUUGAAGAACUUUUGUACAUCGACAUGCCACGUGAGUCCCAGAAUACGUCUGGGCAGAUUAUUUUGGAUUACACAAAAGCAAUCCAAGAAAGUGUCUUUGAGCAAUUGCGUGUUGUACGAGAGGGGCAUCUAAGGAUAGUUUUUAAUCCAGACCUUAAGAUUGCAUCUUGGGAGUUUUGUGCUAGGCGUCAUGAAGAACUUGUUCCGCGGAGAUCUAUAAUACCGCAGGUUAGUAAUCUUGGCGCGGCUGUACAAAAGUACCAGGCCGCCACACAAAAUUCGACGAGUUUGUCAGCUCAGGACAUGCAGAAUAAUUGCAACUCGUUUGUUGCAUGUGCCCGUCAAUUGGCCAAGGCACUGGAGGUUCCUUUAGUAAAUGAUUUAGGAUACACAAAACGAUAUGUUCGCUGCCUUCAGAUUGCCGAGGUCGUAAACUGUAUGAAGGAUUUGAUUGAUCACAGCAGGCAGACUGGAUCUGGACCCAUUGAUAGCCUGCAUAACUUGCCACGGAGGACACCUUCAGGGGCCAGCACUCUUCAACCACAGCAGCAGCAAACUGAGGAGAAGCAGGCCAUUCCCCAGAGUUCAAACCAGAGUGGUCAAAAUUCUGCUCCUAUGGCUGGUGUGCAGCCUUCUGCCUCUGCCAAUGGUGAUGUGACAUCAAAUGUUACUCUCAGUUGUGCACCUUCUACAUCUGCGCCUUCACCAUCAGUUGUUGGGCUCUUGCAAAAUUCAAUGAAUUCUAGACAAGACCAUGCAAUGAGCAGCAACAACGGUGGUCCAUAUAGUGGAGGCAAUGUGGCUAUUCCGAAGGUGAACUCUACAAGCUCGCUGCACUCAAACCCACCUACAUCUUUCCCUUCCCCAGCACCGACAACGUCCAAUAAUAGCAUGAUGCCCGCUCCUCAAAAUACAAAUCAACUAAGCUCCCCAACGACAUCACCAAGCAUACCUCCGAUGCAGCCACCUGCUGCUCGGCCUCAGGAGGCCGAGCCAAGUGACUCGCAAAGCUCGGUUCAGAAGAUCUUGCAAGACCUGAUGUCGUCGCAGAUGAAUGGUGUUGGCCACUCGGGGAAUGACACGAAGACACCGAACGGACUAACCCAUGGUGCUAAUGGGGUUAACUGCUUACUCGGCAAUGCUGCCGCGAAUAACUCGGGGAUAGGAGGAAUGGGAUUUGGCGCCAUGAGCGGGUUCGGUCAUGGGAUGAGGACGGCAAUGGCGAACAAUCCGAUGGCGAUGGGUGCAAGGAUGGGAAUGAACCACGGUGCACACGACCUAUCGCAGCUGGGUCAGCUACAGCACCAGCAGCAACAUCAGCAGCAGCAUGACAUAGGAAGCCAGCUGCUGGGCGGAUUUAGAUCAGGGAACAGCUUCAAUAACAUGCAGUAUGACUGGAAACCCUCACAAUAGAGCGAGCGACCAGAAACCAUAAGAGUGCAGUGUGACGGUGCAUCUGCCCUUGCUGGCAACGCGUGUGGAGCAUUUAUGGUGCCAUAGUCUCCCCUUUGGGCUUCCGCAUUAAUGCUGCCGUGAAAGGGUACCAUAAGCGAUAGCGUGCGUCCCGGCUGGUACAUGCAAAGUCUGUAACUGUCAGUUUGCCAAUCUCUUCUUGAUCUACUCCCCUGAGUUUUACAACAUUUUGCCGAUUCUUUACUGGGAGUUGCAAUUCCACCAUGUGCCACAUCCUUUGUCCACUCUUCACCCAUUUAAUGCUGUGAAAAAAAGGUUCAAGUAGUUGUAGCAUGGUAUAACAGGUGUGUGUGUGGGAAUUCCAUAUUAGCUCUUAGGGCAUGUACAGUGGUGUUUAAUGUGGAGGCUCUUAAGCUGUUUAAGGGGUGUAUUUGCAAAAAAAUCUUAGAGCCGUCUCUCCGUGAAGAGACGCCUCUGGCUCGUAAACCAAGUAGUAAUAGACGUCUCACUUCCUACUGUACGAAUUUGUCGUCUGUUCUAUCAAUCUGCUGUUGUACAAAUACAUUUAAUUCUGUAUUUAUUAGUAGACUACAUUUAUAGACACUCCAUUGUAUAAUAGAGUCUCUUAGUUGUCUCUUGUGCUUGGAGAACUGUUUUGGUGUCUCUCCACUGUACAUGCCCUUAGAUUUAGUGUUUCCUUCGUCAUUGACAUGCUGUGGAACGGAGAGCCAGAAUUACAGGACUGGCUGCCAGCUGGGUGCCCGUCACUUGUUGCUUGCUUCAGUUAUCUUUGGGAAAAGAUACUCUGAAAGAAUUAGGAGUUGUCCCUCGCCUUUUUUUUUCCCUUGCUGGAUAACUUGUACCUUAUCCUCUGUAAUUUACCAUGGCUCUCAGGAACAUAUGUGCCAUUUGGUGGUUCACAUAUUGGUAACAUAAGGGGUAAUCGAUAACGUUAAA